AGCUCACGCGGACGAGAGGAGAAAAACACACUGGAAACGAGUGAAGAUUUUACACAUGGCGACGGCGAUUUACCUCGAACAUUAUCUAGACAGUAUUGAAAAUCUGCCCUGUGAGCUGCAGAGAAACUUCACCCUGAUGCGGGAGCUGGACAACAGAGCCGAAGAGAAGAAAUGUGAAAUCGAUAAACUGGCGGAGGAAUACAUCGCUAAUGUGCGCAACCUGGCCCCAGAUCAGAGAGUGGAGCAUCUGCAGAAGAUCCAGAACGGCUUCAGCAAAUGCAAAGAGUACAGCGACGAUAAAGUGCAGCUCGCCAUGCAGACCUACGAGAUGGUGGACAAGCACAUCAGAAGACUGGACGCUGAUCUGGCUCGCUUUGAGAACGAGCUGAAGGAGAAGCUGGACGUUAGCGGCUAUGAGAGUCCAGAUAACAGAACGCACAAGAAGGUCACUGGCAGAGGAAACCUGAAGGAGAAACGGCGCCCCAAAGGAAGAGGACGGAAAUCUUCAGACGACGAAUCGCCGCGGAAAAAGAAAAUGAAGAACAGUCCUGAGUUCCCAGAAUCCAUCUUACCGGUUCAUCCGUCAGACGUUUUAGACAUGCCCGUCGAUCCCAACGAACCUACCUACUGCCUGUGUCACCAAGUGUCAUACGGAGAAAUGAUCGGAUGUGACAACCCAGAUUGUCCCAUUGAGUGGUUUCACUUCGCCUGCGUCGAUCUGACAACAAAGCCCAAAGGGAAAUGGUUUUGUCCGCGAUGCACUCAGGACCGAAAGAAGAAAUGAGAUGCACCUUUGUAACGUUGAGAGAUUACAUUUCUAUAUCUAUAUAUGUAUAUGUAUUUUGUCUAAGUGGUAAAAUAGGAUUAUAUAUAUAUACAUAUAUAUAUUCCUUUAUAUGACCAUGAUGAAAUACGUGAGGUUCGCAAGGAAAA